AUGAAAUUCUCUACCCUCUUAUCCAACUUUUUUGUCAUUGCCUUGAUGUUUCUAACGAUUAUUACCAUAUCCGAAUCCGCACCUUUGUCCGACGAAAUCAUUGAGCCGAGAGUUUGUAGCAUCGGUUGUACUGGAAGACAAUCAAGUUAUGCUCGUCCACAGUCAGGUUCUGGCGUAUCAUACUAA